AUGGGAAUUAAAACAAUCUUGUUUUUAGCUGUAAUCGCACCUACAUGCACUCCCACCUCUAAAGACAAGCUCCUAGGAAGUUUUGCUGUUAGAAUACACUGUAUUUAUACUCUGGACCAGUCAAAGCUCAAUUGUUCCUCACUGUCCAUCUUAAACGAGACUGCUGACUUCGUCAAAGGCCCAGUGGUCACACGUGUCAUGCCCUUGUUCUACAUCUUUAUCAUCAUUAUUAGUUUACCCCUGAAUGCUGUGGCCUUGGUGACGUUCACCUGUUGGAUUCGAGAGAAGAAACCAGCUGUGAUCUACAUGGCUCACCUGGCGUGUGUGGACCUGCUCUUCACCCUGCUGCUGCCUCUGAAGAUCCACUACCAGAUGAACGCUUCAGAUUGGGUGUUCGGUGAGGCGAUGUGUCGUGCGCUUACUGCAGCUUACUACUGCUACAUGUACUGCUCCAUACUGCUGAUGAUGUGCAUGAGUGUGGACAGGCUGCUGGCCAUGGCGUUUCCCAUCGCCUCUCUGACCUGGAGGACCGCAAGGAAAGCCACAUUCAUAUGCACAUUAGCCUGGCUGCUGGCGGUCGCUGGUACAGUGCCGCUUCUCUCAAUGAAACAAACAUUCAAAAUUAAGGAUAUGGGUGUCACCUGCCAUGAUGCACUGGUCCAUAACAACCCUGCAGAUCAGCUGUACAUGUACCUGUUCUCCAUCCUCUCCUGCCUCUACUACUUUGUGCCACUUGUGGUCACCUUACUGAGCUAUUCCAUCAUCAUAUAUGUGCUCCGUACCAAGUCUAAUCAAUUUGCUGAACCAUCAUCGCUCUCUGAAAAGCGAAAGCGAGCUGUGAUUAUGGCUGUCGCUGUGCUGAUGGUGUUUGUUAUGUGCUUUGCACCAACCAAUGGCAUCCUGUUGUACCACUGUCUUCUUUUAGCUACUGGAUUCAACAGCGGGGAGGGAGAUUCAUCAUAUGCGGCUUACCUUUUGGCUGUGUGUUUGGGGAGCUCAAGUGUUUUUCUGGACCCUCUGCUGUACUACUACAGCUCGUCUCAAUGCAGACAGCAGAUCCGCUCUGUGUUCAAGAGAGAUAAGGCAAAAAAAAAAAACAACCUCACCAUGUAA